GUCCUUGGAGCCAAGGAGAGCCGGGUGCAGUAUAUAAGCCAACCCCGCUCUUUCACUCACACUACCACUGUCGCCGCCACACCGCCGCACAGCCGCUACCAUGCUCAGGAUUGUUUUGCUGUCGGCACUAGCAGCCCUGGGAGCGGCCCAGCAACAGUACACCAAAGACUCCCGCAAUGCCGCCAUCAUCGCCGAUCAGCGCUACCUGAAGAUCGGAGGAGAGUUCGGGUCAGCCUAUCAGCAGGAGGAUGGCGUGCAGUUCAAGGAGGAGUCCGAUGCGGACGGCACUAGGCGCGGACAGUACAGCUACGUGGACCCUAACGGUCAGGUGCGUACCGUGUCCUACGUAGCAGGCAAGAACGGCUUCCAGCCCGUGGGAGAUCAUCUGCCCACCGUGCCCCAGCCUGUAGUCAACCCUCAGCCCCAGUACAACCCUCCCCCUCAGCAACAGUACAACCCUGCUCCUCAGCAACAGUACAACCCUGCCCCUCAGCAGCAGUACAACCCCGCUCCUCAGCAGCAGUACAACACCGCUCCUCAGCAGUUCAACAACCCCUCUGAAGACAACGGUCAGUGGGUGGACGACACUGCAGUGCAGUACCCCGCCAACUCUCCCGCUACCUACAAUAACCCUGCUCCUGCCCCUCAGCCUCAGCCCCAGCCCUCGUGGAACGCCAACCCUCAGUGGAACGCCGCCCCCCAGGCCGCCCCCGUCUACACCCCCACCACCACCCCCGCCCCACACAGGUUCUACCCACCCGGUAAACUCAGUCUCAACAGGUCACCUGAUGGCUUCAGUUACACCUUCAACAAAGCCUAAUUUCUCAUCGUUUUUUCAUCGCCCACGUUUGUAGAUACGCCACCGCCCUCGUCAAAUUAUCGUUUAUUUAAAUUGUUUAAAUAAC